AUGCCAUCAUGCGAGUGUGAGUCUUCAGAUGCUUUUAUUGUGCGUGAGCGUGAGGGUGGAGAUUGUAACCACGUGAUUUUGGGAGAGAUCCAUGUGACUGCUACUUUGGCUACCGUCGAGGCGAAGGGCAUGUUUAGAGCUGUCCAUGGGCCGGGAGGUUUUGAAGGAGAAAACAAUGUCCACAUUAUGGAAGAAACUAAAAGCCUUAUAUAUGACAAAAUCUCUGGCCAACAAGAUAAUAUUAAAACAAUGUCUUUAAACGUUCAGAAUGACCGAAGGAAAAGGCGAGAAAUACGACCACCACAGAAAUAUUAUGAAGGAAACCUAGUGGCUUAUGCUCUAAAUGUUGCUGAGAGCAUUGAUUCAACCGAUCCUUCAUAUUAUCAUGAGGUGCUUUUAGCCAUUGUUGCAUCAAAUAAUCUUGAGUUAGAACAGUUGGAUGUAAAGACUAAUUUCCUUCACGGUGACCUUGAGGAGGACACUACAUGCAACAACCGGAAGGCUUCAAAUUUGAAGAAUCCAUUUGAUAUUGAUCGUCUUAAAACCAUGCUUAACUCUAAGUUCGAGAUGAAGGAUUUAGAUUCCCUACAGAAUGGAGAAGAUGAAAGGUACAUGUUAAAAGUACCUUAUUCAAGCGCAGUUAGAAGUUUGAUACAUGCAAUGGUAUGCACUUAUCCUGAUACUUCACAUGUUAUUAGUGUUGUUAGCCGAUACAUAGCCAAUCCAGGUUACCUAUUUGCUUUUGGGAAUUGUGCCAUUAGUUGGAAAGUGACACUUCAAGCUACAAAGGCUUUGUCAACUACUGAAGCAGAAUACAUGGCAAUUACAGAAGCAGUAAAAGAAGUAAUUUGUUUAAGAGGCCUGUUUAGUAAACUGGUAAUCAUUCAAGGGGAUAUUCAGAUUCUUAAAUUUGGCACAGAAUACAAUUCGACCAGCAUAUUGACAAAGAGACUUCCAUUUUCAAAGUCUAAGCAUUGCUUGAACUUGGUAAAUAUCCGACGAAGAAUCAGUUAA